AUUCUGGUGCAAACAUGCAAAUGAUUAAACAGCUAGGGAGAUGGCGUUCUAAUAUAAUUGCACAAGGUUACGUCGAAAACUCUAUGUAUAAUAGACAAUUAAUUUUUGAUGGUGUCGUUCAAAAUGUCAGAGCCGAUCUUCAACCAAAACUAUUAACUAAAGGACAGGUAUCGGUGGAGCGUGAGAGGGAAACACUUGAUGAUGAUUUCAAUUGGUCAGAUUUUGACGAAGAUUUCCCAGUUCCAUGUGGAACUGUGAGCAGCGGUUUUAGAACACCAAACCACAAGCCCCUUACUGUACCAGUGUUCAAAGAAAAUCGAUUCAAGAGUGGAACAUCAUUCCUAAACAAACCACCAAUUAAAUUGAAGUUUAAGAAUCAGUCCAUUGACGAUCCACCUGCAUGUAAGACAAGGAAGAAUAUUGAAGAUUUGGACUUGCGAAGUCACAAUGAGAGAAGCUCACCAACAUGCUUGAAUCAAAAUGAACCCGGCGGUAGGGAACUACCAACCAUUCUACCUUCGACGUGUGGGAAAAUAAUAAGCAAUCAAGUUUAUAAUAACCACCUUGAAACGAGUUUAGCCGUGAAAAGGCAUUAUUUAAGAUUUGAGGACUGUACUUUCAACCAGUGUACUUUUAAUAUUUCUCGAUGUGAUUGUGAUAAGGAGAAUAAUCGUUCUCACUUUUCGCCGGCCCCGACCAGCAAAAACCUCGGCGCCGCCUCGGUUUUGCAAAAGUCGGGCGGGCCCCCAUGUAACUGGCGAGAGAAUGUUGUUGUCAAUAUCGAAAUAGAAAAAAUCUAG